AUAGGGUUUGGAUACGUGCGGUUGGUAGAGCACAGAUAACCCAUUAUGUAGCUUUGCGCUUAAAAACAAACAAAAUAUAUUAAUUUGCUUAUAUGAUAUGAUAAUUUUCAAAUUUUCUUGGAAGAUGUUUUGCACAACUAGUAAGCUUAAUAUAAAUAUUGAUUUUAGAAUUACUGUUGCAUUAUGUUGAUAUUUAAUAUUAUUUGACGGAGAAUGAUUUCAUUUUGAAAUAUUCAAUAGACAGCACUACAAAAUAAUUUUACAAACUAAGUAGACACAAUUACCCAUGAGGCCGUACAGUGUUGUUAUUUCCUUACGUCAGCUGUUGAUUUCCGUGUUUUGAUCUUGUCAGCUGGAAAGGACAAAGAGAACCAGAAGUUUCACGUCAGGUUGCAGUCCAAGCUUUCUAAAGCUUUUAUUAAACCAUGGGAGGAGCUGUAAGUGCUGGUGAAGAUAAUGAUGAACUGAUUGACAACUUAGUAGGUGAACAGUAUGUCAAGACACCCCUGAUUGAGCACGUGUUUCGGGCUGUAGACCGGGGUGAUUAUUAUGCUAUAGGAUGUAAAGAAAAUGCUUAUAAGGAUUUAGCAUGGAAACAUGGGAACUUACAUCUAUCAGCACCCUGUAUAUACUCCAAGGUGAUGGAAUCCCUAAAACUUGAAAGUGGUCUAUCAUUUCUAAAUCUGGGCAGUGGAACAGGAUACCUGAGUACGAUGGUUGGACUUAUUCUUGGCCCAUAUGGAACGAAUCAUGGAGUUGAACUUCAUGAGGAUGUGGUAUCAUAUGCAAAAGAUAAGCUUGAAGAGUUUAAACAGUCAUCACCUGCAUUGGAUGAAUUUGAGUUCUCUGAGCCCCAGUUUGUUGUAGGAAACUGCCUUCUACUUGACAACAGUGUUCGCCAGUAUGACAGAGUCUAUUGUGGUGCAUCAUGCCCCCAAGAUCGCGAACUUUUUAUGAAGAAAUUAUUGAAGGUUGGAGGAAUUCUAGUUAUGCCUCUAAAUGAUCAGUUGUUACAGAUUACAAGGACAGGUGUAAACAGUUGGGAAACCGAAAGCAUCCUACCAGUGUCAUUUGCUUCUCUUGUGAUUCCAUCUGCUGAAGAUUCUUUGAAUACAGUUAAAUUGUUAGAAUCUCAGCCUUUGAUGCUUCAAAACCUUUGUCGCUCAACAAUUCGAAUAAUUUUACGCAAAAAUGUUGACACUGAAAACCCUAAGCUCAAAGAAAAAAAAAGAAGAAAUCCAAAAAAGAAGAAGAGUAAGCGACGUGUACGGCGCAUUGUCAUACCAGUCUUCAAUGAAAGUGAUGACUAUAGUGACCAUGGCAGGUAUACAGAUAGAGAAGAUAAUGAUUCAUCAGAAAGAUUAAACAGAACCCCUCAUCAGGCUGCUAGUCAUAUAUCAGCAGUGAUCGAGCAUGUAAUGAAUCGUGAUACCGAUCUCCUCGGGAUCACUAACAACUAUAGUAGAAAUAUGAGAGAAGAUGAAAAUGGAAUUGAUCAUUCUGAAGAUAUUGGUCCUGAGCAUAAUCAUGAAUCAUCACCUAGAUUUGAAACAACUGAAAUACAGGCGAAUAAUGGGAAGAAAUUGAAUCAUCAGAAUCAGUCGGAUGUUUCUAUUGAUCCAAAAGGGAAAGACAGAAAUGGCCAGAAUGCAUUACAGAUAAGUGAAGAAGAAAUGGAUACAUCGGACGAUAGCACAGGUCUUCCUGAUCCUGUUACAUCUUUCAGCAAGAGUGAUGAUGAUCAGUAUCGAGAACCGGGUCAGAGUAAUCAACUAGAGAGAAAGAGGAGCAUGGAUGACACGAGUGAUGAUCAUCCUAGUGACUCUCCAACCUCUUCUCAGUCACGACGAUCACAAACACAAAGAAAUCGUCAUAAGCGCCCCACAGCUGUAAUAUGGAAAAGAGUUGCCUUCAAUGAAUUGGUCAGUGAUUCAGACAAUGAUGAAAGUACCAGAAAACUUGAAGAUGAGGACAUCAAAGAAGAAAUUGUAGUUGAAGGCAGUUACACAACUUUCAUGAAGGAAAAACUUAAUAAUCUCCCUUUACCCGGGUCUUUGAAGGUCUUCCUUAAUUAUAAUCGAGAAUUUUGAAUCAUAAAACUGGUUUUGUUUGGAUGGUUAUUUUGAGAAUCAUGUAAUACAUGCAAAUAGGAAAGAGUCUUUCAUAUAUAUGGUUUAUCUUUAACAAAUAUUUGUAUUCUUUAAGAUAUUUUGAAACUAUUUCAUGGACAGUCUAAAAGGAAAAAAGCGUUUUAAUAUGUAACUUGGGUUUUAAUGUUUGUCGCUAAGCUCCUAGUUUUAUUGUUCAGUAAGAAAUAACUGGGUAAUCAGUGUUAAUGUAACAAACAAAAUCAUUUCAAAAUUCAAUUAAUUAAAAGCAAUAAUUUUAUUAAGAAAUUAAAAAGGUUAAAUUCAGUUUUUGGUAUACUGUGAACAAGAUGCAGUAGGAUAAUGUUUACACACCAAAUAAUUGCUAUUAUAUAUUCAUUAUUGGUUAAAAAAUACUGUAGGAGUUUGAUUAGGCAUGUGGUAAAAUGUAAUAAGAGGUAUAUGUACAGUGUAUACAGUACCACUUUUUCUCUAAAAGUGUAGAGUAGCAGAUAUGUGUUUUUGUACAUUAGAAUUUAUGUACUUUUACAAAAUAAUUAAUUUCAAUUUUGUACAUGGAAACUUUCUUUAACUGCCCUUCAAGCUAGAAGUUUUCAUUUAGAAAAUAUUCUGCCUAGUAAUAAGUUUUUACUCAAAUAUAUUGGAUUGAUUACAUUUAUUUUCUCAAAGCUAGGAAGUGACAUUCUUGAAAUGUUGGUAUCAGAUGUGUUAAAUACAUAAAGCUACAAAAAAAAAAGAAACACUUUAGUGAAACUGUUAUAAUUAAUUUUCCAAAUUCUGUGAACUAGGAGCUUAAGUUUUCUACAAAACAAGAUUGUCAAGGGAAAAUUUCAUUUUCGGUUUACUGAGAGUUUAACAUUUGGUUUAAAUUUUUUAUCCCCUGUUUAAGUUUUAUGUAAACCAAGGUAAUCAAAAGCAAGUGUUUGUGUUCAGUGUAGUAACUUUUUCAAGUAUAAUUCGUUCUUUUUUUGUUGUUGUUGUUGAUCCUCUGUAUGAAUCUUGUGUACAUAAGCUGAUAGUGGUAUUUUUUAUAUGUGUUGUCAAUUACUGUAUUAGCAUGCCUAUAGAUAUACAAUAAUAUAUGUACAAUAAUAAUACAUUGUAGUGUUUAGUUUUGCACAAGAACUGUAAUCCUCCCUUGUUUCUACAAUAUUGCUUUCUUGAAUUAUGGAUUGUUUUGAAAAUUGAGACUUUAAAAGUCUGUACAACUUAGAAAGUGUGUAUGUGUAAAAUAAAGUUUAUUAACUAAAUUCA